AUGAUGCGGAAAGACGAGACUCCAGAUAAAACUCGGGCCUCCCCUCUCGAUUCGAAUCCUCCGAAAUGGGUCUGCCAAAAAUGUCACCACUCCCUUACCAUCGUCGGCGUCGAUUCCUACGCCGGAAAGUUCUUCAACGAAUCUCCUCAUUCCGCAAUGCACGGCUCUUCAAUCCAUGGAGCCAACAGUGUUCUUGGUUCAACACGCAUGGACAACUCUUUUGUUGUUUUGCCUCGUCAGAAGCCUCAAGCUCAGGGCAUUCCUCCACGUCCUCGUGGUGCUGACGCAAACCAUUCUGGGAAGGCAAUGGAAGAAUCGUUUGUAGUCGUGUAUAAGUCUGAGUCUGCAGCUUCUGAUUCAGGCGGUUCUCAGAAUGCGUCGCCUGAAGUCGGCCAAAAUGGUCCAUUGCAUUCAAACAACUCAGGAUUCAAUGCGACCAUCAAUGUCUUAACACGUGCUUUCGAUAUCGCCAGAACUCAGACACAGGUUGAGCAGCCAUUGUGCCUAGAAUGCAUGAGGGUAUUGUCUGAUAAGCUUGAAAAAGAAGUCGAGGAUGUGACGAGGGACGUUGAAGCAUAUGAAGCAUGCGUUCAGCGGUUAGAAGGAGAGACCCAAGAUGUUCUUAGUGAAGCUGAUUUUCUCAAGGAAAAAAGAAAGAUCGAGGAAGAAGAAAGAAAACUUCUCGCAGCUAUAGCAGAAACGGAGAAACAAAAUGCUGAGGUGAACAAUCAACUGAAGGAGCUAGAGCUAAAGGGAAAUCGGUUUAAUGAGCUGGAAGAUCGGUAUUGGCAAGAGUUCAACAAUUUUCAAUUUCAACUAAUAGCCCACCAGGAAGAGAGAGAUGCAAUCUUGGCAAAGAUUGAAGUUUCACAAGCACAUUUAGAGUUAUUGAAUAAGACAAACGUGCUGAUGGAUGCCUUUCCCAUACGAAGUGAUGGAGAUUUUGGUACAAUCAACAAGUUUCGGCUUGGAAGACUCCCUAAAGUACCGGUCGAGUGGGAUGAGAUAAAUGCAGCUUGGGGCCAAGCUUGUCUUCUCCUCCACACGAUGUGUAACUACUUCCGGCCAAAGUUUCAAUCUCGAGUUAAAAUACAACCUAUGGGAAGUUAUCCAAGAAUUGUGGACAGCACCAACAACACUUAUGAGCUGUUUGGACCUGUGAACCUUUUCUGGAGCACUCGGUACGAUAAAGCCAUGACAUUGUAUUUGACAUGUCUGAAAGACUUUGCCGAUUUCGCAAACGCACAGGAUCGAGAGAACAAUGUUCCACUAGAGAAAUGCCUAAAACUUCCAUACAAGAUCGACAAUGACAAAGUGGAUACAUAUUCAAUAACACAGAGCUUCAACAAGCAAGAGACUUGGACCAAAGCACUAAAGUAUACUCUCUGCAACCUCAAAUGGGCUCUCUAUUGGUUCAUUGGGAGCACCAAUUUCCAGUCUCUCUCUGCAACGGUCUCUUUGCCUUCUGAUGUAUCAGCAGCUGGCUCCUUGUACGCCAAGCGAGGUCCUGCUUCUAAUAAGCCCUCAGGUAGAAAAACCUAA